GGAAGUAAAAACGGCAGUGGCUUCUGACAAAAUGUCUGCUUCUGCUGUAGCUAGCUGUGCUACCAGUAUUCUCUGUUGUAGUCAGGGAUCCUUGGACUACAGACAGCUUUACAAGAGAGUCUGCAAGUAUCACACCAUUACAGAGCCGCUUUUCUGUCAGAUCCUGAGGAAUGCCAGUAGGUUUGUUAUAGUUGAAGGUGCUGAGGAAAACAUUCCAGGGUGUGAGCUCAGCGAUGAUACCACAAUCAUUGCAAAGACUUCAGUGAGACUGUGCAAACAGUACCCGAAAGAGGACUGUGCUGACUGCAAUGGGCUUCAUCUUUGUCGAUAUUUUGUUUGUGGUAACUGCAGAUUUGACAAGGAAAGGAAUAAAUGCAGAAACUCACAUGACCUUCAAUCAGUCCACAACAGUAACAUCUUGAAAGCUAAUCAGCUUCAGGGUCUGCAGAAGGCUGAGUUGUCCCAGUUACUGCUCCAGAAUGACCCCUCUCUUCUGCCUGAGGUGUGCUCACACUACAAUAAGGGCAAUGGGGAAUACGGAUCAUGUACCUUCAAAACAAAAUGCACCAAACUCCACAUAUGCCAACACUUUGUGCAAGGAAACUGUAAAUUUGGACAGCAAUGUAAGAGGAGCCACAAGUUUGAUGCAAAUGCUCAGAAAAUGUUGGAGGGCCGGGGUCUCAGAGCAGAACUAAUAUCCAACCUGCCUUCAAUAUAUAACAAUAUCUACACCAUUAACUGCAGCACAGGCAGCAGUGCGGGAAAGAAACUACGUUCAAGGGAGCCAUCAGUAAGCUCCAUCAGUGAUGUGGACAGUGAUGAAAUCUGCCUUUUUUACGUCAGGAAACACUGCAGUUUUAAAGAAAAGUGCAUUCGCGUCCACUUCGAUCUGCCCUACAAAUGGGAAGUGUAUAACGGGUUCACCUGGAAAGACUUGCCAAACAUGGAAGAAAUUGAAAAGGCUUACUGCGACCCAGGAAACACAACCAGGAUUUUUAUAGUCUCACCUCACUACAAAAACUACAUUGUCAAUUCUGUUUCCAGUAAUGGAUCUCCACCAAUCAAUUUCCUCACAAUGACUCUGGGGUCAGUUAAAGUCAGACGCCUUUCCACAGCUUCCUCAGUCUCUAAGCCCCCACACUUCAUCCUGACUACCGAAUGGGUCUGGUAUUGGAAAGACCAAUGUGGUGUGUGGAUUGAAUAUGGAAAGCAAGACGAUGCUCAGAAUAUCUCAUCAGUCAACAGUGAAGUCUUGGAGAAUGUGUUUCUAGCUGAUGGGGAUGGUGUUGUUCCAUUCAGCUCAGGUGAUCAGCAAUACACCCUCAGCUUUAAAGACAUGUAUCAAAAGAACUUGAAAUACAAAACAAAAAGGGAGGUGCGGAGAAGGCCUAGAUUUAUUUCUUCCAAAGCUGUGGACAUCAAGAUAAAGCGUGACUCUUCAGAGACACAAAGCUUAACCGCUAUGUCUAUUCCAAGUCACUGGGACCAAGGUGCCUUGCCUGAAUUUAGUUACAAGCUGAUUGAACUUUCCAAAUCCUCUGGGGAAUUUCAACACGUCGAAGGUCUCUUCAAGCGGACCAUGGCUGCAGCGACCGUUCAUAAGAUUCAAAGGAUCCAAAACCCAUCUCUCUGGAAAGUGUUCCAGUGGCAAAAAGAACAAAUGAAGAAGAAAAAUGGAGGGGAGAGUGUGGAUGAGAAAUUUUUAUUCCAUGGUACAGAGCAAAGCCUAUUAGAUGCCAUCUGUGAGCAAAACUUUGACUGGAGGAUCUGUGGAGUCCAUGGUUCACUGUAUGGGAAAGGGAGCUACUUUGCAAGGGAUGCCUCAUAUUCUCACAACUAUUCCAAGACCAGGACCGGUACAAAGAUCCUCUUUGUGGCUCGGGUGCUGGUUGGAGAGUUUACCAGUGGAAAAAGCAACUAUGUCCGCCCUCCCUCCAAAGAGGGCAACAAUACCAGCUUUUACAACAGCUGCGUAGACUCCAAGUCUAACCCUUCGAUUUUUGUAAUUUUUGAGAAACACCAGAUUUAUCCAGAGUAUCUAAUUGAGUACCAUUAGCAGGAGUAACAGUCUACUGCAAGAGUUAUGCAAUCAACCCUUUAUUUUGUGUUAAUUUUCUAUUUCUUGAUAAUGGAGUAAUGUCUCCACAAAAUGGCUGCAUUAUGCAACAUAAGGCUUUAGACAACAUCUAACUUGUCUAUGUCUUUUUGGGGUGCAUAUUUCUCAUUCUCAUUUGGGUCACAGAGUGGCAUGAUACAUGUUUAAGAGGUAGCUUGUGGCUAGAGCACAUCCUGGGAAUGCAAAGAAAUUAUGUAGAUAAUCAAUUAUUAGCAGUUACCUCUGUGAAACAAAAGACAGCAAAAAUGAAACCAGCUUUUAUUGUGCUCCUAUAGUAUAUACUGUUGAGGAAAUUGUAAUAAAGAUGUAAAAAAAAAAGAAGCUUGUUAUGCUUCUUCUACAGAAAUACUACAAUUGUAUCAUGCUACAUCGACAUUCAAACAAGGAUUCAAUUAACAAGGAGCAACUACCUUCUCAGAUAGUCAGGUUUGUGGAAGAUCUGUCUGGUUUGCCAAUAAGCUGAAUUAAUAAUAACAAAGGAAGCCAGAGUGAUGGGCCACAAUUUUUUCUUUUGUUUGUAAAAGUGUUUUUAUGUGUAGGUUAGAAAACCUGAACAUAUAUAAUUUUAAUCCAAUCACAAGGUUUUCUACUUGGUAUAAAUGCAUCAGUUUCUGUACUUCUUGCUCAUUCAGUAACCAGCUAAUUCAGCUACUGCUACCUAGAAGGGUAUUGCUGGGGCCAUCCAGUUCACAGGUGGUAUUGAGGUGAGGGUUAUAAAGAGACACCACUCACUAUUCAAAUGAUAGACACUGUAGCCUUAUAACUGGAGAAGCGUUAUAAGCAGUAGCCCUGCAGUGAGUUUUCUCUGUAGCUUUUCAGACCAAUAAAUCUUGUUAACAAAAUUGAUUUGUCUAUUGUGUU